AUGUCUCGACACUUUGCGGCUCGAGUGACUUAUCAGACGGUACGCGGAUAUCAAGGCCAAGCUCUACCCUACAAGACUAGCCUUGUAUAUGAUGGAGUAAAGGGUAUCCCCAAGAGAGUACCCAAACUGUCGGUAGAGCCUUCGCAAGAUUUGCUCCGUUCUCUACUUCAAGGCUAUACCCCUACCUUCCGGCGUCAUCCUCUGGGGAUGGAAGCAGACGCUGUCAUAAAAUUGACCCCGCGGCAGCAGAUGUGCUACUAUGAUGGAAAAAUGUUUGGCGGAUACCUCGCCCUGCUCUUAGACCGUAUCCUUGCAGACUGCUGCCGGCCUGCGGUCACAGCAUACCUCAACACGUCUUUUGCGCAGUCUGUUCCACCGGAUGUUCCGAUUCGCCUGCGUGCAUGGCCAGAGAGAGUCGAAGGGCGUAAAGUCUACCUCACGGCGUCCAUCCAGAUCCCUGGAAAAGUGGAGGGUGA